CCUCUGCAUCAAUUUUCCUUCCCUAAUGGCUCUCCUCAGUCUCCCGCAAUUUCCCUCCCAUUUUCCCUCACUUUCCUCCUUUCCAAACACCCGCAUCUCUCCAACUCGCUGCCGUUGCUCAACCGCCACCGCCAUUCUCUGGUUCAAGCACGAUCUCCGAACCGAUGACCACCCUGGACUCCUCGCCGCCGCCUCCAACUUUCCAUCUCUCGUCCCUCUCUACGUCUUCGACCACCGUAUUCUCUCACGUUUUUCCGAUGAAACGCUGGAACUGGUUCUCUUCGCAGUUCACGAUUUGAGGAAGUCGUUGCAGGAUCGUGGUUCUGACCUAAUGGUUAGAUUCGGCAAUGCUGAGAAUGUGAUUCAGCAACUUGCAAUGGAGGUUAAGGCUACCUGUGUGUUUGCGGAACAAGAGGUAGAGUAUGAACUGCGCUUCCUCAUCGAUGUUGUGAGCCAGCAUUUGAAAUCGGUCUCGGUUCCAGAAGGUUCUCCAGUGAUUGAAUUGUGGAACACUCCGUUUUAUGAUGUAAAGGUUCUGCAAGAUCUUCCUGCAUCCUAUGAUGACUUUAAGAAACUUCGACUCCCAGUAACUGAACCGAUUCAGCUGUCAAAAUUACCUGGUGCAGAAAUGGAACUCGACUGGGGUGCUCUUCCUGUAUAUGAUGAUAUAAAGGAAUUAAUGAAUAAAAACUCGUGGAAAUCAGGAGAGAAUUGGAAAUUAAUCAAGGAGACAUCAGCUGAAACGUUAUUACGCAGAGAUAUAUUGAAAUCGAGUGAGAGCAGUGAAAGAAGUUAUAGCUUUAGACAGAUACAGUCUAGGGAACCAAAUGAAUCUGUUUUUGUGACACGAAAAGGAAAUGUUGUGGGAGGAGGAACAAAUAAUGCACUGAAUGCAUUGGCUGCAUAUUUGAGAUAUUUAGAGGGAACAGCUCGUAAUGACUGGCAAGAGGUACAUGAAAAAGUCCGUUCUUAUGAAAGUCGGAAUGGAGCAUCAUUUAUUGGACUCUUUGGUCCUGCCUUAUCUCUUGGCAUUAUAUCAAGAAGAAGAGUAUAUUAUGAAGCUAUCAAAUAUGAGAAAGAACGGAAUGCAGGAUUCUUAUCUCCCUUUGGAUAUUCAGCUGUCACAAUCGCAGCAGCAAUUGAUGCUGUGUGCUCAAAGGAGUGGUAUUGGCUUAUGGCAUUGAGAAAUCAUUUAAAGAAUGAUGGGAUACACUCAACACGUAUAUGGAGAUGGAAUGGAUUUCUUGUUCAGUAUACACUUGCUGGUGAAGAUGGUCCUGCAGUUCUUCUUGUACAUGGUUUUGGUGCCUUCGGGGAGCAUUACCGAGAUAACAUACAUGCUUUAGCUGGAGCUGGGAAUCGAGUAUGGACUAUUACAUUGUUAGGAUUUGGCGAAUCAGAAAAGCCAAAUAUUGUAUAUACUGAACUAUUGUGGGCUGAACUAUUAAGAGAUUUUAUUGUUGAUGUUGUGGGUGAACCGGUCCAUCUUGUUGGCAACUCAAUUGGUGGUUAUUUUGUUGCUAUUGUUGCUCGCAUUUGGAGUGUUUUGAUCAAAUCAGCUGUCUUGAUCAACAGUGCUGGCAAUAUCAUCCCCACAUAUACAUCCAUACCAUUGCCCAGAGUAAGUGACAGACAAACAUCAGGGGCUUCCUGGUUGGGUUCUCGAAUUCUUCUAUUCUACUUGAGGCUAAGAAUUCAAGAAAUAGUUAAGAAAUGCUACCCAACUAAGGUUGAAAGAGCAGAUCAUUGGCUCAUAAAUGAAAUGCUAAGAGCAUCAUAUGAUCCUGGUGUAGAUGUGGUCUUGGAAAGCAUCUUUAGCUUUAACCUUUCCAUACCUCUUAACUAUCUUCUUGAAGAUGUCAAGGAAAAGGUUCUAAUUAUACAGGGGAUGAAAGAUCCACUUUCUGACUCCAAUGCCAGGGUGGCCAUGCUUAAAGAGCAUUGUCAUGGUGUUUCAAUUAAGGAAUUAGAUGCUGGCCAUUGUCCGCAUGAUGAGGUGCCGGAGCGAGUGAAUAUUAUCAUUCAUGAUUGGAUACUUGGUGUUGAAAGUAACACUUUGGCAGGGUGUCUAGUUUAAUUUUUUUUUUUUUUGGUAUCUAGCAACUGUGCAUAAUAAAUCUUCCAAUAUGGUAAAUUGUCCAGCGCUUAUUAAUACACCAGUGCAAACAAGAGAUUGCACCUGUGCAUAUUGUGCUAUAAACUUGUAGAACUAGUAUCCGAACCCGUGCGUCGCACGGAUGAAAUAAUAUGGAAAAAGAAAUAAAAAUGAAGUUAAGAGCAAUAAAUAAUGUUUUUAUAUGGUC